AUGCCGCCCUCACGCAAGUCAGUCCACCGUGCCCUGUUGUUGCUGCCGCCUGCACCAGCUCCGUCAUCGUAUGCAGCACUCAAGGCUGCAUACAACGCCCCAAUAUGCACCGUUUUGAAAGAGUUGGCAGCAUCACAGUCUAAAUCACAGGGGCAGACUCUCCUGGAAAUUGCUUUGCCAUGCCCGCAUCUGUACGGACAUCUUGAUGCGCCGCGGGGACCGUAUUACGCCAUCACGCAGCAGCUAGUCGCUGACCUCUACAAACUCGUUUGCAUCACGACAAGCAGGCAUGCUAUCGAUACAGAAGAUGAGGAAGGCAUCGACGCCCGCAUUGUGCUGGUGGCAUACCCAAGAGACGGUCACCUGACCGGGCCCCUGCCGGAUGCUACUCCAGAGCAGGAACUCCAAGGGCCAGCCGUCGACAUGCACACACUAGCUCGCAGCCCUCGGCCAUGGCACGUCGUCUAUUCAGUCGAGAGCGAACAGGGCGAGCAAGUGCUGAAGGCCUUUACAUCUCUGGCCAAGUCUCAAUACGCAGUGAACAAAGUCCGAGGCGGACUAGUGAGUGUAGACGCUUCGGCACCAGAGUCAUCUUCCCAACAGGCCAGUGCAGCUACGAACCACAUCUCGGUAGCUGUUGGAGGAACUUUUGAUCAUCUCCACAUUGGCCACAAGCUGCUGCUAACCAUGUUCGCAUUCAUGCUGGGGAGACGGCAGUCGUCUACUUCAGAGUCGAAACCCAGCGUGCUUACCGUUGGAAUCACCGGCGAUGCCCUGCUACAGAAGAAAAAGUAUGCAGACCAGCUGGAGAGCUGGAAGCAACGCCAGGAAUCGGUACACAACUUUCUCUCACACCUUGUCUACUUUGGAUCUCCGGAUGACGAACGGAUUCGUGUCGAGGAACUGAAUGAGCCUGAGCCAAAUGGCCAUGCCGUGCAUGUCAGCUAUCCCUUUGGGCUCACUAUCAAAUAUGUUGAGAUAUGGGAUCCUUUUGGCCCGACCAUCACGGACAAGGACAUUACCGCCCUGGUGCUCUCGCUGGAAACGAGGAGCGGGGGUGCGGCAGUCAACGAAAAGCGCAAGCAGCAGGGCUGGGAGGCGCUCGAGGUGUUUGAGGUUGCGGUUCUCGAUGCCAGCGAAGAAGACAACGUGGACGAAUCUUUCGAGAGCAAGCUGAGCAGUACGGAGAUCCGGCGCAAACGCAGCGAGCGCAGUCGGGUCUAG